CUGCAGACUUGCCACAUGUGACAGACGGACGAUAGGGCAAUACAUCAUUGCACAAUAGGCGUACCUACAUGUAGCCUGCCCUUCUCACACUCAUUUACAGGUACCUUAGGUACUCUCAUACCCACCGCCUCCGAUUUAUUCAUUCUACAGUCACAUCCUCGUCGUCUCCACCAUCAUGUCUUCACACACUCAAGAUCCAGAUCCAGAUUCGGAACAUCAACGCCUCCGCCUUUCAACAGAAACGGAACGCACACUGGUAGAAGAUCAUGUCGACACUACUACCCAUCCAACGCCCCGAGCAGCUUCACCUACAAGAACGCUAGUCGACGCAUCAGACUCUCCAUACCGAGGGUUUCCAUCGAAAGCGCACUAUCUAGCUGCACUACAUGAGUGGGCAGAAGAGAAGCGAUACCUCUCGGCGGGGACGACGACUGUGGAAGGCUUCUAUGGAAACACCACCCUUGAGUCAUAUGCAAGCAGACCAAAGCAUGAGCUGGGGAUAAGAAGAAGGUUGAGGGAGAUAAUGGAGAAGAAGAAGAAGCAUACAAAGCGGAGCAGUAGUUGGCCCGAGUCGUUGAGGAGGGCGUCGUGAAAAGACUGUUAUUGAGAAAAGGAACGACUACUGCAGAGGAUCUUUGCCUAGACAUGGAGACGACGUGAUGAGCCACGAGUGAUGAAAUAAGAGAAGCGUUGAUUCGAGGCGGCCACUUGGCAUCGUCCAGUUUGUAGCCACUACUUGCAUACCUGCUGCACAAUAUUGC